AUUGCGAACACCCCUCACCAGCAUCUUGUUAGAGGCGCGAAGCUACCUUCCGGCACCACGUAUCGAUAUGUCUUCUCUCCACCAGGCGUCCCCGACCUACCCUAUCUCCUGUUCCUACAUGGUUACCCGGAAAGUUCAUACGAUUGGUAUAAUCAGAUUUCGCACUUCGCUGAACAAGGUUAUGGCGUAAUUGUGCCAGACUUACUAGGCUACGGCGGUACUGAUGACCCAUCCAGUCUUGAAGACUUCAACUUUAGGAACAUGACUCAGGAUCUGGGCCAGCUUCUUGAUUGUGAGGGUAUACAAACAGUGUUUGGCAUAUCGCAUGAUUUUGGCGCGCCGUUACUCUCGCGAUUUAUUAACUAUUACCCUGAGCGUCUUACGGCCGUAGCGUUCCUUGGUAAUGGUUAUAUCCCUCCUCAGGCACGACUGGAUAUUGACGCGAUCACUGUGAUCAACAAUGCAUCAGUAACCCGACAUGGCUACCCGAAAUAUGGUUAUUGGUUGUUUAACAACAACGAAAAUGAUACUUCAAGCGACUUGUUACUUGACAGGGCAAGUCUUGACUCCUUUUACACAGUCGGUUACACAUCGAAUUCGACUUAUAUGCGAGAUCAUUUUGCGCCUAUAGGCGCACUUGCAGAGUGGCUUCGCGAGAACAGAACUUCUGCAGACUUUUUUACAAGCCCUCUGCAUCAAGAGAACUGGAAAAAAAUCGUUAGGGCCCAAGGCGGGCUAAAAGGACCAUUGAAAUGGUAUCAGUCCAUGAUAGUUGGGAUCAACAACCCACAAGAAGAUGAUCUCACUGCGUCUGGGAUUAUCCCGCAGCCAGCUCUUUUUGUUGGUGCAGACAGAGAUGCAAUUUCAAUUCCUUCAGAGGAACUAAGCACUAUGUUGCCAUUUGCUAGUAAUAUCCGGAUUCGAUCAGUGGACUGUGGUCACUUCCUUCAGCUUGAGGCGCCGAACGAGGUAAACGCACACUUGGAUGCCUUUAUAAGGGACGUUAUAGCAACAUCGACGUCGGACUAUAAAUCAAUCUCUUCAUGCUGGGAGAAUUGCUAG